GGGUAAAUUUGGGGAAGAAAAUAAGCACACACACAUACUCUCUGCUAAUAAUAAUAAAUGAAUAAUAAUAAUAAUAAUAAUAAUAAUACCAUUCGCUGGAUUUCAUUUCAUUUGCUUUGCUUUGCUUUGAUUUGAUUUGUUUUGUGUUGAAAACUCAACUCCACCGAGAAAUCAGUGCUCUCGAUCUCCUCUUUCUUCUCUCAUCAAAGAUCUUUAAAUUAUUUUUGUCAGACAUAUAACAUAUUAGAGAUUCUGUUCAAGAAUGAACCCACAACAAGUUCCACAGUCCAGAUCAUCUGCAAAUGGAUUUACUCGUAGAAGAGGCGAAAAAGAAACGGGGAAUAGGCUGGAAAAUAAAUUUCAGCCUGGAAAAUCAAACUUCAACAGAAUGACAACUGCAGGUGUACAAACCGGAAACAAAGGGGGAAUCGAAAGCCCGUCACAUGAUCGGCUAGUUUAUUUAACAACAUGCCUCAUUGGACAUCAGGUGGAAGUGCAGGUUGUUGAUGGAUCUUUGUUUACUGGAAUAUUUCAUGCCACAAAUGCAGAGAAAGAUUUUGGAAUAAUAUUAAAAAUGGCUCGUGUAACAAAGGCGGGUUCAUCUCGUGGACAGAAAAACAUCUCCGAUUCUGUUCAAAAGCACCCUUCUAAAACGUUAAUAAUACCUGCAAAAGAACUUGUGCAGAUUGUAGCUAAGAGUGUGCCUGUGACUAGGGACGGGCUGAUGAAUGAAUUUCAGAAUAAUCAACUGCAUGACAUCAUGAUCGACUCGUCCAUUUCUCAAUCCCGGCAUGUUGACUUGGAACGAGAGUUGAAACCAUGGGUCCCCGAUGAUGAUAACUCAGAAUGUCCUGAAUUAGACAAUACAUUUGAUCGUCACUGGAACAGGGGCUGGGAUCAAUUUGAAGCAAACGCAGCAUUAUUCGGAGUAAAAAGUACAUUUAACGAGGAACUCUACACUACAAAGCUUGACAGAGGUCCUCAAAUGAGGGAAUUAGAAAAAGAAGCCUUAAGAUUAGCCAGGGAAAUCGAGGGUGAGGACACACAGGACCUUCAUUUAGCAGAGGAAAGAGGCAUCCACUUUCAUGACAAGUUUGAUCUCGAUGAGGAAACUAAAUAUUCAUCUGUUUUUCGUGGGGUCGAUGAUAGUGGUUAUGAUGAAGAUGAAGAUAUCUUGGAUUCCAAAAAUAGUCAAACCUUUGGAGAUGUUUCUGAUUCUCUUCCGAACAACGCGUCUCAGCCAACAUCAAGCUUUCCCACUUUGGCUGAAGUUCAAUCUUCUCAUUUGAAUACUACCGACGACUUCCAUACAUCUGGUGCUUUAGAUGGUACAAGCAUUAUUGAAAACAAUCAGACUGAUCAACAACAGGCUGGUGGUAAUUACACCAAACAGGAUACAGAGAAGCAUAUGGUGCAUGAUCGAAAGCAGACUUCACAAUCUAAGGAAUCAUCAUUGUUGGUAAAUGAAGAAAGUACCGAUAAAGGACUUUCAGCAAUGGUUACUGCAUCUGCACCAACCAAGGUCUCAUCUAAAGCUCAAGAGAAGACAAGUUCCGGUGAAGUAUCGUCAACUUCAGAAUCUGGAAAUGCUGCCCCCACUGCUGCAAGUGGCCCCUGGUUAUCACUUAGUUCAUCGGUCGGCUCUUUGACUUCAGAAAAGUCAACAUUGAAUCCUCAUGCAAAGGAAUUUAGACUGAACCCAAAUGCAAAGAGUUUUGUACCAUCAUCAGCGUCACCAAUAAGGGCUGCAUCACCUGUAUCUGAUGCAUCCUUUUACUACCCGGCUAAUGUAGCACCGGCCCCACAUAUGCAUGGCAUGCCUGUUGGCAUCGGAAUGGGACCCGCAUUUCCGUCCCACCAGCCUGUUAUAUUUGGUCCACAAGGAACACCUUUGCAACCCCCACAUGGGUAUUUUCAUCCGAAUAGUCCACAGUAUGGGCAGCAGAUGCAUCUUGGCCAACCCCGACAGGUGGUAUACAUGCCAACUUAUCCUCCGGAUAUGCCAUAUAAAGGACGGGACUUUUAGGACGGUCAAAAGAUUUGAACCGUUGAUGAUGAUGAUGAUGAUGAUCAGAUUUCGCAAUGCCGAUGAAAAGUGUUUGAUGAAAAGAAUCGGUUCAGAUUUCUCGAAAGCUCUUGAAGUUGAAACAUGAUUUGCACAAGGAAAAAAGCAGCAUAAUUGUAACCUAUGAUUGUUCUCUUUUGGGGUGAUGCUUUCUAUCUUGAUUUUGUGUUAUUUGAACCACAUAAAUUGAAAAGAAAGUACCUUUUUACAACCCUAAAUUGGAUUUUGAUAUACCUUUUGGUUUCCUACAAUAUGAUUUUAGUUCUUUGACUUUGUGUAUUGGUCAACCCUUGCACCAUGUUCAAUAAAAAUGUCAUUUAAUUCU